AUGAGUGCAUGUGUGCUGGUUUCAGUCUUGAUUAGUGUCUUUCAGGUGGGGAAUCUUGGCCUCCUCUUCAUGCUGCUGUUCUUCAUUUAUGCUGCACUGGGGGUGGAAUUGUUUGGAGAGCUGGUGUGCAACGAGGACUACCCAUGUGAGGGCAUGAGUCGGCACGCCACCUUUGAGAACUUCGGCAUGGCGUUCCUCACCCUCUUCCAGGUCUCCACUGGUGACAACUGGAACGGCAUAAUGAAGGACACUCUUCGAGAAUGCCCGCCGGGCGAAUACACCUGUAAUCCCAGCCUACAAUUCAUCUCUCCGAUGUACUUUGUGAGCUUUGUGCUCACGGCCCAGUUUGUUCUCAUCAAUGUGGUCGUGGCAGUGCUGAUGAAACACCUAGACGACUCCAACAAAGAAGCCCAGGAGGAGGCAGAGAUGGAUGCGGAGAUUGAACUGGAGCUGGCCCAGGGAACGCUCUGCUGCAUCGGAGGAGGCGGGUCUGGAGCAGAGAGGAGCAGUGGGGGGCAUCAAGGGGCUGGACCCUGCUCUACUCUUCCACCUCACUCCCCGAACACACACCCAGGUGCCCACGAGCCCAACAGCACCAGGAAACUCUACUCACCAGCCCAGGAGAACUUGUGGCUGGAC